AUGGAUUCAGCUUCAGGGGGAACCGGACCACCCGACCCGAAUACCAGCGGAGGAGAGGGCCCAUCAUCGGCAGCAACCGGGUCGAUAGCGGCGGCUGCUGCUGGUGCCGUUGUUCCAGCAGCAGCAGCCGAGGCCUCAUCGUCUCCAGCCCCGCCGAGCCGCUAUGAGUCGCAGAAGCGGCGGGACUGGAACACCUUCCUGCAGUACCUCAAGAACCACAAGCCGCCGCUGACGCUGGCACGGUGCAGUGGGGCCCACGUGAUCGAGUUCCUCAAGUACCUCGACCAGUUCGGGAAGACCAAGGUCCACGCCGCCGGCUGCCCCUACUUCGGGCACCCCAACCCCCCUGCCCCGUGCGCCUGCCCGCUCAAGCAGGCCUGGGGCAGCCUCGACGCGCUCAUCGGACGACUCAGAGCCGCCUACGAGGAGAACGGUGGACGGCCCGAGUCGAAUCCGUUCGGGGCUCGGGCCGUCAGGAUUUACUUGAGGGAGGUGAGAGAAAGUCAGGCCAAGGCUAGGGGGAUUCCGUACGAGAAAAAGAAACGGAAACGGCCGACCGUUACGGCCACCGCGGUUGUCGGGAAUGUGUCGGCGGGUCCCUCUCAAGGAGGAGGUGAUGGCGAUGUCGGUGGUGGUGAUGGCGGCGGUGGUUCAAGUACCACUGCUGCUGAUGCUGCUACUACUAGUACGGCAGUAUAG